AUGGAACGUAUGAAAGAGCUAGUAUCAGAUUUAAAGGGAUGGUGCCGUGGCGAGGCAUUAGACGAGGCUCAUGCAGUCAUGGUGCUCAUUCAAGAAGUUGUUUACCCAAGUGCAAUAGAAGAGACAAUGCAAACAGUGAAGUGUUUGGGACGUGUGCGAGUUAGAGGCCGAACUUUCAACAACCAACUAAACCGAUACUUGGUCUUGUGUGAAUGUAAGGAAGUCGUAAAAGGAGAAAUCGUUCCCUUUGAAGUGCUUCCUAUUGACGGUGGAGGGCCGUGGCCUGUUAUCAUAGCAGAUGCAGCUACACAAGCCAGUACACAAGUUUAUAAGUCUGGAACACAACAAGCUCCAGGUAAACAUGUUGAAGAUCUUCGUACAUUGUUUCCUGAAGAUGAGGCUGCUGCUAAGUCAACAGAGGCCAUUCUGCGAGCUGUGAGUGAUUUACUUGACAAAACGUCCAAGUCCUCAAGUGAGCAUGGAAGCUAUCACCGCCUACGAACUUUCUCUGGGUUGUUGCCCACCCCAGCUGGAGAAGAGCAGUUCGACCACUGGUUGGGUCAAGCACGGCUCAUGGUUGAAGAGUGUGAAUGCUCUCACAAAGAGAAGAGGCGGAGACUGAUGGAAAGUCUCAGAGGCCCGGCACUUGACAUUGUAAAAGCAGCACGAGCCAGUGAUCCUGAUGUGAGCCCCGAAGACUGCUUAGAGGCACUGGAGCAUGCUUUUGGGACAGCAGAGUCAGGAGAACAGUUAUAUUUUGCAUUUCGUUUACUGCAGCAACAACCAGGUGAGAAGCUGUCUGACUUCCUCAGACGUCUAGAACAGUCGUUGAAUAGGGUGGUACAGAGAGAUGGUCUCCCUCUUGGAUGUGCAGAUAAAGCAAGACUCGACCAGUUGUUGCGUGGUGCGAUAGCCUCUGAUCUGAUGUUAGUUAACCUUCGUCUGAGAGAGAGGAGAGCAAAGCCCCCCACCUUUCAGCUGUGA